AUGCGUUCGUUUUUGACAUUUGCUAUGAUCUUUUUGGUCCUUGCAUGCCUUCAAGCAAAUUCAGAAGGUGGUCGUGUUAAGAGGCAACAACAACAACAAGAACAAACGCAACCACAACCACAACCGGAACGACCCUUACUUACUUUAAAUGUAUUUUAUGAUGGUGAACCUGGUGCACUUGGUGGAUUAGCUGGUGGUCAAGGACAAGGUGGACAAGGACAAGGCGGACAAGGACAAGGUGGACAAGGAGGUCAAGGGCAACAAGGCGGUCAGGGAGGACUUGGUGGACUCGGAGGUUUGGGAUCAGGAUUUGGCCGUUAA